AUUCGUUCGUCUCUCGCGCUCUGUAUAUAAAUGUAUAAAAAGCUAUACGCAUACCAAACAAUCACAUAAAAUGCUCGCAGCUUGCGGAAUUUAUAGACAUCAAACAUCAAGCGCGUUAUAGAGAAAAAAAACAAAAACAAAAUUAACAUUAUGACUAGGCAAGAAAAGUGAAUCAACAAUUUCGACAAUGACAUGAGCUUACAUUAUCUUGCAUAAUAAAGUAAUAAUAAUAAACUACCAUAAUAACAUUAAUAAUAAGAAAAUAUAUAAUUUAAAACAACAAAAUGCACGUGUAUUACAAAUUUGGAUUACUUUUAAUAUUUCUGCUGAGCGUAAGCAUUAGUUAUACGGCACCAGCGGAGAACAGCGAAAAUAGCAAGAGCAAAAGCAUCGACGAUAAUUACGACUACGACUAUGAUGAUGAUGAUGAUUAUAAUGAGAGCAACAGUCCAGAGAUUGCCGCCAAUCGUCAAUCGGAUUCAACAUCAUCGACAACAACAACAACGUUUCGUCCUAUAUUUACCAUUCCCCGUCGCAGCAGCCACGUGUUAGAGCCAAGCUGUCCAAGGAGCUGUCUCUGCUUGGAGGACUUUAAGUAUGUCCAGUGCAUCAAUGCCCAACUCACUCAUGUGCCAUUGGAUUUGCCAAAGACGGCAGCAAUCGUUGACUUGAGUCACAAUGACAUUGCCGAGUUGCGUGCCGAAGACUUUUCUGGCUUGGCUAAAUUGGUGGAAAUCAAUUUAAGUUACAAUCUGCUCAAGCAAGUUGACAAGGAGGUUUUCAAUGGUUUGGAUCGUUUACGCCGCCUACGCUUGACCAAUAAUCACUUAACAACCAUCGAUCCUGACACCUUUGCAGGCGCCACAGAUUUGGCGCUUUUGGAUUUGAGCAACAAUACGAUUGUACAGCGCACGGAUGGCUCUUUGUUCAAUCAGCCCAGCUUGACAGAGUUCACAUGCUUUAACUGCAACUGGACGGGCUUGCCGGAGCAGAUAUUCUCAAACUUGAGCGGAUUGACUUCACUGCGUUUGGAUAACAACGAUUUCAAACGACAAAUCGAUACGAAAGCUUUCACGCCGCUCAAGAACAUAGUUAAACUGAAGCUGCCCGAAUUGAAUCAAACAAAAAUUGAAGAGCUGUGCCAAUUACUCAACACGAUUGAUAUCAUCAGCUUCAAGCAUUUCGAUAUCAGUUGCUUUGAGCGCGUGCUCGGCAAAUCGUUCAACGACAGCAUCAUCUGGGCCACCGAUUCACCGACCUCUAAGCUUGCCACGGCGUUGCCCAGCACACCGAAGCCAACCGCGCUCCUGCCACCACGCACAGCAGCCAAUCGCAAGCCUCACAAUAAACACAUGGCCAGCAACGAGACGACGGCAACUGUAGCCAAGGCGGGCAUCAUGACUGAAACAGAGAAAAGCACCAGCAAAGACACAGAGAGCUCAUCCAACCAAGUGGCCAUCGACCCGGAAACCAUCAACACGCUACUCAUCUGCAUCAUUGUGCUAGCCGUCGUGGGCAUCGCCGUGGGUUUAAUCUGUCGCAAAGAUAUCGGUGGCAUUAAGACAAAAUGCUGCCGCACCAGCAAACCAGAGCCAAAGGAUCAGGUGCAUCCCACUGAGGAGAUACCGUUAAAUAAGCUAGCCUAAGACGCACGCUCGCUGCCUUACACAACAAAUAUAAUAAUUAUCAAUCCAUUUACAAUUCGGGACAGCAAAAUUCCAGCAGCAUUUUUGCCAUUGAGCAUUGUAGUUUUUUGGAGAAUUGUAGAUGAUCUUAGUUAGUCACUUAGUUUAAGUCGCCUAGUCGAUUAGUCCUCUGUUAUAUAGAACAUCCCACACUACUCCAACUUGUCCCCAUUCACCCUUCGUUUUGGUCCCAAGAACAAACAUAUAACUAUUAUAUAUAUUAUUCUAUGGUUACGUUUGGAGCACACAUCAUAUUGUUAAUUGACCUAAAUGUUAGCUGUCGUACUCUUAAUAUAUAGACACUUUGCCAAUUUAUACAAUAAACAUUAAUUAUUGUAAAUAGCAUAAAGAAA